UUUUCUAUUCGUUCCUGUCAAUCCGACCCUCGGACAUUUAAACAGGGGUACAGGUCUGGCCCUACCUACCGUUUCAGGUGCUAUUUUAAGCCCAAAACGCAGAUUUUUGCCCCAAAUCGCGGCGAUUUUGACGGAUCUGCGACCACGCCCUAACUUUUUCUCCCCACGCAGCGCCCAUUGUGCUGUGUAGUGGCCGGCGAACGUGGUUUAGGCUCCGAGGAUUCGGGUUUGGGACGCCCGUAGUGAGCCCCCUUCCCGUUCUGAACUUGCUGAUUCACAUUUCCAGGGCUUCCGGACUGCCAGCAAGGACUUGGGAGGUACGUUAGCCUCCCUGUGUGUGGGUGCUGGAUCGGUGUUGGUGGGAUUCGAACCAGCAACCUCGGGUUUCCCAGCGAGGAGGGUGGUCUUCUUCGCAGCCAAGCAAGUGCCAGGAUCUGUGCGGAAAAACGUGAUUCCUUGGGAGUUCUGCUGGACCUAACGGAAAACAAAAACGGAGGGUAGUCAUCUAACCAUGGUGACAUCGGAUUCCCGGUCUAUUGUGACCGACUAUGUCUUUUACAAACUGAACAAAAAGGGGCUCCCCUGGCCAUCGGCGCCCCCCCUCCCCCCACCUACGGACGCUCACCGACUCAUGAGAGAACUCGGCGACAAGUUCGAGGAGAGAUACCGAGAGCAGUUCGACGAAAUGGGCGACCAACUGCACCUAACUCCCGACACGGCCUACCAGAAGUAUCACAAUGUCGUAGCGGAGCUUUUCAGAGAGGGUGUUCGGUGGGGCAGGCUUGUGGCCCUGGUGGCUUUCACAGGCGCUUGCACCGUGGUCGCUGUGGAACGGGAAAUGCCUCAAUUCGUGGACAGAUACGUGGACUGGACUGUACAGUAUAUAGACAACAAUUUGGCGCAGUGGCUACAAGAAAAUGGAGGCUGGGAGGGGUUCGAGGACUUUGCGAGAAAAGCGCGGUCCAACGAGAAGGACGAGAACUCGUGGUGGUGGCGCGGAAUUCUCAUGGGCGCCAUGGCGGUAACGGCGGUGGGAGCGAUCGUCGCAAGAUCGUAAAGCGUCGGGAAAAUUUUAAAAAGCGGACACGAGUCGAGCAACCUACUGUGGAUCAGGCCUGGAUGCUACGUUAUGAUAAUGAUAAUAUUAUUUAUUUGAACAAAAAAAGAGAAAAAAGAACUUAUAUUUUCUGCUUCUGGCUAUUAAUAUUAAUGUUACAUUUAUGUGUAGAUUGAAUAGUAGCAAUGUGUAGCGAUCUUUGCCGAUAUAUGAUAUCCUGAACUGCUACUAUGUGGCAAAGACUCACAUGACCAUUCCUUGUCAUCGACUUAUAAUUUUAUUGCUUGAAGAGUACUAAGGUAAUGCUCUCACUUCUGUAAUAUAUGUACAAAAUGCCUCGCAAUGCAGAAAUGUUCUAACUAUUUAUUUCACUGGUAGAUGAAGGCAUGUUGAAGAACACAAGACCACUGAUGUAC